GCGCGCAGCGAUCGAUCGCGGGCGGGCUGCGUCAGUAUCCUCGCGGCGUAUAAAUAGAGGCGGCAGGACGGCGCCCAGCCGCACACAGCCAUCCAUCCUUCCCCUUUCCCUCGGUCCCCCGUCCUUCUCUCUCUCUCUCUCUUUCUCUCUAGGUUCCCGUCUCCGCCUCGGGCCGGAGAGGCCCCGGGCAGCCACCAUGAGUUCCUUCAGCUACGAGCCGUAUUAUUCCACCUCGUACAAGCGGCGCUACGUGGAGACGCCCCGGGUGCACAUCUCCAGCGUGCGCAGCGGCUACAGCUCGGCGCGCUCGGCGUACUCCAGCUACUCGGCUCCCGUGUCGUCCUCGCUGUCCGUGCGCCGCAGCUACUCGUCCAGCUCGAGUUCCUUGAUGCCCAGCCUGGAGAACCUCGAUCUGAGCCAGGUGGCCGCCAUCAGCAACGACCUCAAGUCCAUCCGCACGCAGGAGAAGGCGCAGCUCCAGGACCUCAACGACCGCUUCGCCAGCUUCAUCGAGCGCGUGCACGAGCUGGAGCAGCAGAACAAGGUCCUGGAAGCCGAGCUGCUCGUGCUGCGCCAGAAGCACUCGGAGCCGUCCCGCUUCCGGGCGCUGUACGAACAGGAGAUCCGUGACCUGCGCCUGGCUGCCGAGGACGCCACCAACGAGAAGCAGGCGCUGCAGGGCGAGCGCGAGGGCCUGGAGGAGACGCUGCGCAGCCUGCAGGCGCGCUACGAGGAGGAGGUGCUGAGCCGCGAGGACGCCGAGGGCCGCCUGAUGGAGGCGCGCAAAGGCGCCGACGAGGCCGCGCUGGCCCGCGCCGAGCUCGAGAAGCGCAUCGACAGCCUGAUGGACGAGAUCGCCUUCCUGAAGAAAGUGCACGAGGAGGAGAUCGCCGAGCUGCAGGCGCAGAUCCAGUACGCGCAGAUCUCCGUGGAGAUGGACGUGUCCUCCAAGCCCGACCUCUCCGCCGCGCUCAAGGACAUCCGCGCCCAGUACGAGAAGCUGGCCGCCAAGAACAUGCAGAACGCCGAGGAGUGGUUCAAGAGCCGCUUCACCGUGCUCACCGAGAGCGCCGCCAAGAACACCGACGCCGUGCGCGCCGCCAAGGACGAGGUGUCCGAGAGCCGCCGCCUGCUGAAGGCCAAGACCCUGGAGAUCGAAGCCUGCCGGGGCAUGAACGAAGCGCUCGAGAAGCAGCUGCAGGAGCUGGAAGACAAGCAGAACGCUGACAUCAGUGCCAUGCAGGACACAAUCAACAAAUUAGAAAAUGAGUUGAGGAGCACAAAGAGUGAGAUGGCACGGUACCUGAAGGAGUACCAGGACCUGCUCAACGUGAAGAUGGCUCUGGAUAUUGAGAUUGCAGCCUACAGGAAACUUUUGGAAGGCGAGGAGACACGGCUCAGUUUCACCAGUGUGGGCAGCAUAACCAGUGGCUACUCCCAGAGCUCCCAGGUCUUCGGCCGAUCUGCCUACGGAGGUCUGCAGAGCAGCUCCUACCUGAUGUCUGCUCGCUCCUUCCCUACGUACUACACCAGCCACGUCCAGGAGGAGCAGAUCGAAGUGGAGGAGACCAUCGAGGCAGCCAAGGCCGAGGAGGCCAAGGACGAGCCCCCCUCCGAAGGGGAAGCAGAGGAGGAGGAGAAGGAGAAGGAAGAGGGUGAGGAAGAGGAAGGAGGAGAUGAGGAAGAAGGUGCCAAGGAGGAAUCCGAAGAUGCAAAGGAGGAGGAAGAAGGAGGAGGGGAAGGCGAGGAAGGAGAGGAAACAAAAGAGUCAGAAGAGGAUGAGAAGAAAGACGAAGGUGCUGUGGAGGAGCAAGCAGCCAAGAAGAAAGAUUGAGCUCCCGUUUCCGUAACCGUCCCAGGAAUCCUUCUCCCGAAACCAGGUCAACCUCAUCACCAAGCAACCAGUUGAGUUCCAGAUCCUCUAUGAAUUAAGAAGUUGCUAUAUGUAUCACUCUGAGAUGACUUAGGUUGGACGCUCAGUGUUGUGCUAUGAAUUUUCUCCCUAUGCAGAGUAUCUGUUUGCUUGCAGAGUGGCUUUCUGGCUUGCUGCCAGCCUGUGCAUGGUCCAUGCUUCUGAGUUCAGGAUCUAUGGCAAUGUGAAUCACCCAGAUGUUUACAAUAAAAACACAACAUGAAUCAAUGAAUUCACUCAUGUUAACGUUCAACUUCAUGGAAAAAUAGUCCAUUGAACCUUUGGUGGCUAAACAUUAAAGACCUCAAGUUAUGUGCAAUAAAUAGUAAAUAAAGUUAUACUGAAUGACCUAUUUCUUGCUGUGGUUAUUGACUUGUUGAAAUGCCUAAAAGAGGGUGACCAUAAAAGCCAUAUUCAAGUACAGUAUUUUUUUGCCCCUUUAAUUGGAAAUCGAGGUAUACGAGUAGGUCAUGACUAUAAAAUUUCUUCCCUCAAAAAUUUUACUGAUAAUCAACACAAGUGAGGGAGUCCAUAAAUAGCAGUAUACUUUUUCCCAUUCAACAUUCUGUGUUUAUGUUUCCAGAAGGCAGUUUGUGAUCUUCUGAUACGUAAUAGUACAAUCUGGAGAGACUAUGAAUUCCUUACAGUUAUGAUUGUAGUUGUAUUCUUAAUCUAGUCUAAAUAUCAUGGCCAGAAGUUGAAACCUGAGCCCAUGAUAGAAUCAAGAGGACUAUAUUAUUACCAAUAUAUAAUUGUGAGUGGAUAAAGACUGACCAUGGUUACCUGGCACUGAAAACACGUUGCCUGCAAUCCUGAGCUCAUGAUAAUGUGUUGAUUGCUUGAUUCUAUUGCCUCAAGCAAAUUGCAUUUAACCCCACACAUUUGUAAACCCUUUAAAAACCACAGAAACAGGUAAUGGAAUUAUAUUAUCGGUCACUUAGAGUUGGGGAGACAAUAUACUUGUAUGUUACAUUGACAUUGCUCUGCAUGUGUUAACUGGAAAAUAUUUGGAUAUCAGUAAUAACUGGUUGGACAUUCCAUCACACAUAAUCAUGUUCAUUGUAAAUUUAUGAAAGCUCUUGCACUUGUAUUUGGUGUGAAAGUAGACAAAAUUAUUCAAUACCUGCUGCUCUGCUGAUUUUAAAUAGCUGCUAAUUUUGUUCAGUAUUGGUUGUUUAGAUGACUAUUGAAAUUUAAGAAUUUCACCUAAAACUGAAGUGUUAUUCAUUUAAAAUUAUUUGGUUCCUUUGCACUACUUAUUUCCAGUUAAAUAUAUGUGACUACGCAAAUAAGUAUAAUAUUUCUUUAUCGACCAGGACAGAUUUGAACCCUGAGGCUCUCAAUAUCCUUCACAGAUUAGAAAUCUCGGAAGUUAAAUGUGUCAUAUCUGUGCUCGUUAGUUGCGAGAUGAAACUCGAGGUAAGUUUCAGCCACAUGUAAACUGUGUAAAAAGUCACCAGUCAAAUGUGAACAGCCAGCUGGUUGAAGAAAUGACUUGUUUGAAGAACUGUUCACUGUUCCAUACUCAUUCCUGUGUGCCAUAAUAAAAUAAUGAAAAACCUAAA